CCGGGAUGCGGGACCGGGCGCCGUCCGCCGCGUCCCUCUGCCCCGGGAUGCCUCCCAACCUCACCGGCUAUUACCGCUUCGUCUCCCAAGAGAACAUGGACAAUUACCUGCGGGCUUUAGAUAUCAACGUGGUCCUGCGAAAGCUGGUCUGCCUACUGAAGCCGGACAAAGAGAUUAUCCACACGGGAGAUCACAUGGUCAUCCGCACUAUCACCUCCCUGCGGGACUACGUUAUGGAUUUUGACCUGGGAGUCCAGUUUGAGGAAGACCUGGGACCCGUGGAUGGACGCAAGUGCCAGACAACCGUCUCCUGGGAUGGGGAUCAGCUGGUGUGCGAGCAGCUCGGAGAGAAGAGGAACCGAGGCUGGAGGCACUGGCUGGAGGGGGACCAGCUGCAUCUGCGCAUGACUGCUGAAGACGAGGUCUGCGUCCAGGUUUUCCAGAAGGUGAAGUGAGCGCUCCCCGCAGAGAUGCCCGGACGGGACCCGCGCUCCCCCGCGCGAGAAAGAAAAAGAAACACGAGCCGAGCGAGCCGA